AGCCAAAUCGGGCCGUCCUGGAAUUUUUUUUGUGGGAUCCCGCAUCCGCGAGCCCAUUUCCUCCAUAUGUGUGGGAAUCCACACGAUUUUGCCGGAUCCCCUUUCGGUUGGCGCGAAGCACUUCCGCCGGCUCGUUUCCCGCCUCCCGCCCCAAAGCCGCCGCCCAUCCGUCCUCUGACCUCGCCGUCUGGCCUCGCAGCGCUGGAAUUCAGCCGGAUGGAGCCGCCGGUCCGUCCGCCCGGGCCUCCCACGGCUCCAACUUCUGCCGCCGCCGCCCUCAAGAGGAAGAGCCAAGGGAGCCAUCUCGUUCAAAGCGGCGCAGCCGGCGCGGCACCACCGAGCGUCGCCCCUGCUCCGGUUCCACGCGCCCCGCCCAAGAGGAAGAAGACCGCCUCGAUCGGCCCCGCCAAUGCGCGGGCGAAGCCUCCGAGGAAGAAGGCAAUCGCGUCAAGGGGUCGGGCUCCUCCUCCGCCUCCGGCCGACCGCGGCAUCCACAUUGACGGCGAAGCCGCCGGCCACGCCUACGACGUGUUCAAUGAAACGGCCGGGAGCCAAAAUGUGCCCUACACAUAUACGGAGAUGUUGGCUGAGAGCAUGGUGAAUUUGAGUGCCCCUCUUGGCGAUUGCGAUGCAUCAUAUGUUGAGGUCGAUGCGGAGGUGCACGAUGAGAAUGAAGAUGAUGAUGAUGUGCAAGAGAUCCUAGAGACCGACUAUGAUGCUAGGUUGGGGAGGACCGGCAACUACAUGGAGACGAAGGAUGUAUGCUUAGUUAAAGGAUGGGAAAGCAUCUCUCUUGACUCCAUCACCGGCAAGGAUCAAACAUAUGGCAACUAUUGGCAAAGAAUUGAAGACAAAUUUCAUCAAAUGAUGCCAUUCCCAUCCGGUCGGAGCUUGAAAGGCCUUCAAGGCCGUUGGAACACCAUCAACAAAGCUUGCUCCCGUUGGUUCGGAUGCUUGGAGCAAGUGCGGAAUGCACCGCCAAGUGGCGUCACUAUUGAUGAUUAUGAUCGCAUUGCCAACGAGUACUACAACCAAAUCCCGGCCUCCAAUGUCCGGUAAUUCAAUUGUCAACGUGUUGGAAAUGGCUCCAGGAUAAUGAGAAGUGGAGGGUGAGGGACAAGGGAUCCCCUUAAAAGAGGCAUCAAAGUGGAGGUUGAAGAUGAUGAUGAUGAUAGUGAUGAUGCACCAAGAGGAGGAAGAAACAAGGGCAAACUGGAUGGAAACAAGGAGAAAGCAAGAGUCAAGAGGAAUUCCGAGGCAAUCACUUUGAGGGAUCAAAUUGGUGAGAUGGCGAAGAUGAAGGAGGAUAUGCUAGCCAAGCAUUGGGAUGCAAAAGUUGCCAUGGCUGAAAGAAAGAGAAGCACAAAGAGGAGAAAUGGGAAAAGAGGUCUGCCUUUGAGGAGCGCAAGCUCAUCCUAGAGGAGCAAAGGAGGAAGGACGAGAGGACCGCCGAGGAGGACCGGUUCAUGAUGAUGAAUCCGGAGGGCAUGGAUGCAAUGGCAAGAGAAUUUUGGGAGAUGAAAAGAAUGGAGAUCAUGCUCCGGAGGAAGAUGGAGCUCCAAAAUCUUAUGACCGGUGGUGGUGUUGGGUUUGGAGGGGGCUUUUCUUUCGGCAAUGGUGGUGGUGGCCUCGACAUGGGUGGCGGAGGUGGCUUCGGCAUGGUUGGUGGUGCUUCGGCAAGCCAAGUGAAUGGUGGUGAUGGUGAUCGUGCUCAAUCUCCGGUCCAAGUGAAUGGUGGUGACGGUGGUGCUCACUCUCCGGUUCAAGUUCGUGAAGAUGGAGGUGCUCACUCUCCGGUUCAAGUAAGUGAAGAUGGUGGUGCGAGCUCUUCGGUCAAUGUGGAUGGUGGCGAUGGAGGUGCUAGGGGCGGUGUUGGUGGCAACGUUCUUUGCAACAAUGAGAAUGUUGCUUGAUUGAUCAAUGUCGUUUGAGCAUCUUUUGUCUUGUUUUAUCGCGCAUUCAUGAACCUAAACUUGAUACCUCGUUUGUUGCACAUGAUUUUGGAUGUGAUGAACUAGUAUGAUGAUCAACUAGUGAUGUAUAUAUAUGAUGAUGAACUUGUCAUGA